AUGCUUCCGAUUUUGGGAGGUGGAGGAUUCGGUGCAGUAUACAAGUUUAAAGACAACCUGGCAUUAAAGGUACCAACCUCCGAGGCCUAUGCAAGGUCCAUCUACAGAGAAGUUUCUUUUAUGAAGAGGAUAGACAGCAAAUUUAUCUUGAGACUUGUUCACUCAUUCGACUUACGACGUGGAUUUCCCGUCCUGCUGUCGGAGUUAUGUCCAAUGGACCUGGACAUUCUCCGGGAGUAUUGGGAAACAUUCUUGGACGAAGUUCCUCUUCAGAUGGUGAAGUAUGUAGCCACUUGUGUCUGUAUGGCUAUUGGGCACUUGCACCAACGGAGCGUAGCCCAUUUUGAUAUAAAAACGAAUAACGUGUUGAUAAGUGUGCACGGGAUCCCUAAACUGUGUGAUUUGGGGUCCGUUCACCCUUUAAAUGAAGCCGGGGAGAGUGUCCAUGGAGUGGAGUUCAUGAAUUUCACCCUAUAUAAAAACAUGACUCCAGAGGUCCUGAGGGGUGGCGCCGCCUCUUGGAGGGCAGACUAUUACGCCUUGGGUGUCCUGUUGUUUGAAUUGAUGGAGGGAAGACACCCACUUUGGACCGAGUUGCCAACUAGAGCAGAAGCCAUAAUGAAAAUCCUCGAAGGCACCAUCAUCUACACAGAUACAGAGCAUGUCUUCAGGGAUCUGAUUAACAGAUUAGUCUGUUGGCUCUGUGACUACUACGUGAAUAAUUUUCCAACCGAUAUGGUCACCUCUCCCAUUUUAGACAUUGCUCAGGAAGUGUUGGCGGAAGAACAGCUUGAGAUGGGACCUCUGACUGCAAACAGCAGCGUCCGCAAUAUUGUUGACAAUGGCUAG